UACAUACAUUCAUUGCACCUCCACCCCCGACACCCCCCGCUCACCCACCCCCACGCAGGAGAGCUGUGCGCGCGGCAAGGAGGGCAGAGGAGCGCGCGCGAGAGCAUCACACUUCCACCUGAGAGCUCCGUCCCAGUUCAGUCUCUCCAGCAGCGCCCCGGUUCACCUCCAGCGGCGCGCGCACAGCCGGACAUGAAGCGCCUCUCACUCAGCAGCCUGUAGAGCCGGACGCGCUGGACACAUCUGAGGACUUAACAGGGCGCUGAGGCGCUCCAGCAGCGGAUCGGAGCGACCGGACGCCGUGCGAGCUCGUCAGAAUGAGAAACAGAGGUUCCUCAGGUAGUGGAUGAACUCUUGCUGUAAAAACCAAGAAAACCAUGACACCCCCCUCCCUACCGCUGUUAACACAUCAACACCAGCGCACUGCUGCCUGCCUGCUGAGCUGGAGCAACUGGAACUGUCCCACAUGGCUCCUGUGGAUGUUGUGGGCGUGGCUGAGUCCGGCCUGGGCUCACCAGCACUCGCAUCCACAUUCUAUCAAAAUCCCUGGGGAUAUCACGCUGGGCGGCCUGUUUCCCGUCCAUGCCAAGGGCCCCUCGGGCCUGCCUUGCGGAGAGAUUAAGAAGGAGAAGGGCAUCCAUCGCAUGGAGGCCAUGCUGUACGCUCUAGACCAGAUCAACAGCGACCCGGACCUGCUGCCCAACAUCACUCUGGGUGCCCGCAUCCUGGACACGUGCUCGCGGGACACAUACGCCCUGGAGCAGUCGCUCACUUUUGUCCAAGCCCUCAUCCAGAAGGACACAUCAGACAUCCGCUGCUCAAACGGCGAGCAGCCAAUCAUACGCAAGCCCGAGCGUGUGGUGGGUGUCAUUGGGGCCUCAGCCAGCUCGGUGUCCAUCAUGGUGGCCAACGUGCUGCGGCUGUUCGAGAUUCCUCAGAUCAGCUAUGCAUCGACAGCCCCGGAGCUCAGCGACAACAACCGCUAUGACUUCUUCUCACGGGUGGUUCCACCAGACUCAUACCAGGCGCAGGCCAUGGUGGACAUUGUAAAGGCGCUGGGCUGGAACUACGUCUCUACGCUGGCCUCAGAGGGCAACUAUGGAGAGAGCGGAGUGGAUGCCUUUGUUCAGAUCUCCCGAGAGGCAGGAGGCCUGUGCAUCGCCCAGUCCAUGAAGAUCCCCCGAGACCCCAAACCUGGAGAGUUUGACAAGAUCAUUAAGAGAUUAAUGGAAACUCCAAACGCUCGAGGGGUCAUCAUCUUCGCCAACGAGGACGACAUCAAGCAGGUGCUGGAGGCGGCUAGAAGAGCUAAUCUAACAGGCCACUUCAAGUUUGUUGGGUCAGACAGCUGGGGAGCCAAGAGCUCUCCAAUCCUGGACCAUGAAGAUGUGGCAGAGGGAGCGGUGACUAUUCUGCCUAAAAGAGCAUCUAUUGAAGGUUUUGAUCAGUACUUCACGUCCCGCUCUCUCGAGAACAACCGCAGAAAUAUCUGGUUUGCUGAGUUCUGGGAAGACGACUUCAGGUGCAAAUUGACACGUCCGGGCAUCAAGCUCGACCCUGAGAAGAAGAAAUGCACAGGAAAUGAGCGGAUUGGUAGAGAUUCUCCAUAUGAGCAGGAAGGGAAGGUGCAGUUCGUAAUCGACGCUGUGUAUGCCAUGGCUCACGCCUUACACAAUAUGCACCAGGACCUGUGUCCGGGGGCCAUCGGUGUCUGCGACAAAAUGGACCCUGUGGAGGGACGCUUAGUGCUCAGCUACAUCCGCUCUGUCAACUUCAACGGCAGCGCUGGCACUGGCGUUCUUUUCAAUGAGAAUGGAGAUGCUCCAGGCCGCUACGACAUUUUUCAGUAUCAAAUGACCAACACAAGUAACCCCGGAUACAAAGUCAUCGGCCAGUGGACCAAUAACCUCAGACUCAAUGUAGAGGAGAUGCAGUGGUCUGGAGGUGACCGCCAGAUCCCUGACUCCGUGUGCAGUUUCCCAUGCCGGCCGGGCGAGAGGAAGAAGAUGGUGAAGGGUGUCCCAUGCUGCUGGCACUGCGAGCUGUGCGAUGGCUAUCAGUACCAAGCAGACGAGUUCGCCUGUGAGAUGUGCCCCUUUGACAUGAGGCCCACACCUAACCGCACGGCCUGCAGGCCCACACCCAUCAUCAAACUGGAAUGGCACUCGCCCUGGGCCAUCAUUCCUGUCUUCCUGGCCAUCCUGGGCAUCGUGGCAACUCUCUCUGUGGUCAUCACUUUCAUCCGCUUCAACGACACACCAAUUGUGAGGGCGGCCGGCCGAGAGCUCAGCUACGUGCUGCUGACUGGCAUCUUCCUCAUUUACCUCAUCACCUUCCUGAUGAUCGCUGAGCCAGGUCCUGUGGUGUGCGCUUUCCGCAGGCUGCUGCUGGGGCUGGGAAUGUGUAUCACCUAUUCAGCCAUGCUCACCAAGACCAACCGCAUCUACCGUAUCUUCGAGCAGGGCAAGAAGUCGGUGACACCACCCAAGUUCAUCAGCCCCACAUCUCAGCUCGCCAUCACCUUCAUCCUCAUCUCUUUUCAGGUGCUAGGAGUGUUCAUCUGGUUCGGCGUGGUGCCGCCCCACACCAUUGUGGACUACGAGGAGCAGCGGCCGCCAAAUCCAGAGCUGGCCCGAGGCGUCCUGAAGUGCGACAUGUCUGACCUGUCACUUAUCUGCUGCCUCAGCUACAGCAUUGUCCUGAUGGUCACCUGCACCGUCUAUGCUGUCAAGAGCAGAGGUGUUCCCGAGACCUUUAAUGAGGCCAAGCCCAUCGGCUUCACCAUGUACACUACCUGCAUCAUCUGGCUGGCCUUCGUGCCCAUCUUUUUUGGCACGGCACAGUCCACAGAGAAGAUGUUCAUCCAAACGACCACGCUGACCGUAUCGAUGAGCCUGAGCGCCUCUGUGUCUCUGGGCAUGCUCUACAUGCCCAAAGUGUACGUCAUCAUCUUCCACCCUGAGCAGAACGUGCAGAAGCGGAAGCGCAGCUUCAAGGCCGUGGUGCAGGCCGCUACCAUGUCCACACGCCUCUCGCAGAAGUCCAACAGUGACAAGCAAAACGGCGAGACCAAGCUGGAGCCGGACCGGAUGCAGUAGCAGGUGGCCCGGAGUGACACCCUCGGCUACGGUGGCCUGAAAGACUGCAUUAAAGGGAAACUUCAGCAGAACUGCAGAAACUUGACUUUCAUAUGAGGCUGACUUUAAGGAUGUGGCACACGCUGCAGAGGCAUCAAAGCACAGAAGAAAUAUGAACCUUUCUGAAAAAAGCCGUUUCUGAGCCGCUUUAUUUAAACUUGAAAAGUCUUGAUGAGACAUUUUUUGUCUGGAUGAACUGUUUUUGGUAGUGGAGGAGCGCUUGGAUCACAUUUUAGACGCUUCUUGCUUACUUUUGUUACUGCCAAAAAAGGAAUGAGGAAAACGUUUGUAAGUCAGUAGUACGCCUGAUCUAGCAGUGCAGCAUGGGAUGUUCAUUGGCGUGUUUGUGCGUUGGUGUUUUCAUGCGGCCGUGGCCGACAGGACUCCUCUAGAAUCCAUACCACAAUGUGUAAACUCUCCCGAUCUACAGAUUACAGGUGUCAACCAGCAGUGAAGUAAAAUCAUCGCUUAUAUACGGAUACAAAUCUAACACCGUGUUAGCUUUUCCAAGAUUCCGUCUCAGAAUGUAGGCAUUAUUUCAGUCUGUAUGUUUAUUUCAGAGAAGACCUCUGCUACAUUUAUACUGACUGGUUCUUAACACCAGCCAGUGCAUUGUAAGUUCUUUACUAUCUUCAUUUAGGGCAUAUCUAUAUAUAAACAUAAUAUUUAUAAAGUAGACCUAUUUGUUUAAAUUGAGUAUGUAUACGUAUCAAAUUCAUUUUAAGUUCAGUCCUCUAUUUUUUCAUCCUUGCUUAAUAAUAAUUUGUAUGUACCUACCUAUUUAUUCUUAGACCUUUUUGGCCAAAGAUAAGUGUUGGUGCUCUUUGAAGAACACUUGUGGUAUUAAACGAGAGCCACUGCAGCACAUUCAGAUUCACUCCACCCAUCACAUUCUAAUUUAUAGUUAUUUUUAAGAUCUUUAGGCACUAAAGAUGCACAGCACUGUCCAAAAGUCAAAGAGCAGCCCUUGAUUUAUUUGUCCAGUCAAAACAGCCAUUAUGUCUUAGAAAUUAAUUUAUCGUCAUUUGAAAAAGCAGAAAACAAAUCAGAAAAUCACACAGAAGCCUCAGCAGCUAAAUAUAAUAUCAAUAUUUUCUGUGUUCAUUCUUUGCCUUUAUUACAUCUUCCAUCCUUAUCAUAGACACACGCUUUCAGUUUUUCAAAGAAAUCUCCAAAAAUAUUUUUGCAUAUUCAUGAAGUUCAGUCUUAGAAGUUGGUUGCAUUUUCCGCUUCUCAUGACCCAAUAAUCCUAAACGCAUUCAGUGAUGCUGACAGCUGAGCUGGUCAGUCCAUUGUUCUGAGAACAUCAGCAUCAUCUUUCUUUGAUUUGCAUGUUAUUUUUUUUAUUCCCUUUUCUCAGUGAUAAAUAGCUUACACAUACAUACAUAAUGGCUGCUUUGAGCUAAAUAAAUGAAGGGUGGUCUUUUGCACAACACUGUACACAAAAUGCAUUAUUAUUAUUAUUAAUGUCUUUUUUAGGUAUAUGAAUGUACUAUUUAUAGUGCAGUUUUAUCAAACUGGUCUAAAAGCUGGUAUGUAAAGUAAAAGACUACUGUUCAAUAGUUAUUCUCUGUAAAUACAGGACAAGUGGAGCUAAUGAACUGGGUCAUUAUGGUACUAUGUACUUAUUCUGUGUUAUGAAACGAGUCUUUCAUUUGUGUAUGUUACAGAAAAGUGCUUGCAUGGGGUCUUAAUUCUGGCAUUUAUGUUUUCCAUGUUCUGAUACAAGGUAAAAAAAAAUCAUUUUCUAGGCCGCCUUUGUAUACAGUGAAAGCUCCAGGAAACAUCUAUGAAUCUAAAAAAUAAUAAUUACAGCACUGCAAACUUUGCCACUUCGAGUAUUUCUCAAAUAAUCUGACAGUUCUGCUUGUCAGCGUGCAAAGCAGCAGUGAUAUCACAGCCGCAGUCCAUCACAACUGAAAUCACAGAGUCGCAACCUCUUGUUCUGGUCUUCACUGGGGUACUUUGUUCUAAAAGAAACAAACAUUCAAGUUGGUGGUUUUAAUCCAACCUACGAUGAAAACAUUUGUAUUUUGUUAGCUGAGUACUGAAUAAUCAUGGAAUACAUUUGUACUUUGUUAGAUGAAUACUGAAGAAUCAUGAAAUAAAUGCCAU